GCAUGCGUGUGUGUGAGUGCAUGUGUGUGAGUGCCACCGCUGCCCAGGACCCCCGGCCCCGAAGGUGUUGGCUGAAAUAUGGAGAAUAGUCUUGGAUGUGUUUGGGUACCCAAGCUGGCUUUUGUACUCCUGGGAGCUUCCUUGCUCAGCGCGCAUCUUCAAGUCAGUGGUUUUCAAAUUAAACCUUUCACAUCUCUUCGUUUUGUGUCUGAACCUUCUGAUGCUAUCACCAUGCGGGGUGGAAAUGUCCUACUCAACUGCUCUGCAGAGUCUGACCGAGGAGUUCCAGUCAUCAAGUGGAGGAAAGAUGGCCUCAUCCUAGCCAUGGGCAUGGAUGACAGGAAGCAGCAACUCCCUAAUGGAUCUCUGUUGAUACAAAACAUACUUCAUUCCAGACACCAUAAGCCAGAUGAAGGACUUUACCAAUGUGAGGCAUCCUUGGGAGAUUCUGGCUCAAUUAUUAGUCGGAUAGCAAAAGUUGCAGUAGCAGGACCACUAAGGUUCCUUUCCCAGACAGAAUCUAUCACUGCCUUCAUGGGAGAUACUGUGUUACUCAAGUGUGAAGUCAUUGGGGAACCCAUGCCAACAAUACACUGGCAGAAAAAUCAACAAGACCUCAUCCCAGUCCCAGGAGACUCCCGUGUGGUGGUCUUACCCUCAGGAUCACUGCAGAUCAGCCGACUUCAACCAGGGGACAUUGGAGUCUACCGAUGCUCAGCUCGGAACCCAGCCAGCACAAGAACGGGAAAUGAAGCUGAAGUCAGAAUUUUAUCAGAUCCAGGGCUGCACAGGCAGCUGUAUUUUCUGCAAAGACCAUCCAACGUAGUAGCCAUUGAAGGAAAAGAUGCUGUCCUGGAAUGUUGUGUUUCUGGCUACCCUCCGCCAAGUUUCACCUGGUUAAGGGGCGAGGAGGUCAUCCAACUGAGGUCAAAAAAGUAUUCGUUGUUGGGCGGCAGCAAUUUGCUCAUCUCUAAUGUGACAGAUGAUGACAGCGGGACCUAUACUUGUGUUGUCACAUAUAAGAAUGAGAAUAUUAGUGCCUCUGCGGAGCUCACAGUCUUGGUUCCACCAUGGUUUUUAAAUCACCCUUCCAACCUCUAUGCCUAUGAAAGCAUGGAUAUUGAGUUUGAAUGUGCAGUUUCUGGGAAGCCUGUGCCCACUGUGAAUUGGAUGAAGAAUGGAGAUGUGGUCAUUCCUAGUGAUUAUUUUCAGAUAGUGGGAGGAAGCAACUUACGGAUCCUUGGAGUAGUAAAGUCAGAUGAAGGAUUUUAUCAGUGUGUGGCUGAAAAUGAGGCUGGCAAUGCCCAAAGUAGUGCCCAGCUGAUUGUCCCCAAGCCUGCCAUCCCAAGCUCCAGCAUCCUUCCUUCUGCUCCCAGAGAUGUGGUCCCUGUCUUGGUUUCUAGUCGCUUUGUCCGUCUGAGCUGGCGUCCACCUGCAGAAGCAAAGGGGAACAUCCAAACCUUCACAGUCUUUUUCUCCAGAGAGGGUGACAACAGGGAGCGAGCUUUGAACACAACCCAGCCUGGGUCCCUUCAGCUUACUGUGGGGAACUUGAAACCAGAAGCCAUGUACACCUUCAGAGUUGUUGCCUACAAUGAGUGGGGACCAGGGGAGAGUUCUCAACCCAUCAAGGUGGCCACUCAACCUGAGUUGCAAGUUCCAGGGCCAGUAGAAAACCUGCAUGCUGUAUCUACCUCACCUACCUCAAUUCUUAUUACAUGGGAACCCCCUGCCUAUGCAAAUGGUCCAGUCCAAGGUUAUAGAUUGCUCUGCACUGAAGUGUCCACUGGAAAAGAACAGAAUAUAGAGGUUGAUGGACUAUCUUAUAAACUGGAAGGCCUGAAAAAAUUCACGGAAUAUACUCUUCGGUUCUUAGCUUAUAAUCGUUAUGGGCCAGGAGUAUCUACUGACGACAUAUCUGUGGUUACACUUUCUGAUGUACCAGGCGCUCCACCACAGAACAUCUCACUGGAAGUGGUUAAUUCAAGGAGUAUCAAAGUAAGCUGGCUUCCUCCCCCAUCAGGAACACAAAAUGGAUUUAUUACUGGCUAUAAAAUUCGACACAGAAAGACUACCCGCAGGGGCGAAAUGGAAACCCUGGAACCGAAUAACCUCUGGUACCUGUUCACAGGAUUGGAGAAAGGAAGUCAGUACAGUUUCCAAGUAUCAGCCAUGACUGUCAAUGGCACUGGACCACCUUCCAACUGGUACACAGCUGAGACUCCAGAGAAUGACCUAGAUGAGUCUCAAGUCCCUGACCAGCCAAGCUCCCUUCAUGUGAGACCCCAGACAAACUGCAUCAUUAUGAGUUGGACUCCUCCUCUCAACCCAAACAUUGUGGUGCGAGGUUAUAUUAUUGGUUAUGGCGUUGGAAGUCCUUAUGCUGAGACAGUGCGUGUGGACAGUAAGCAGCGGUACUACUCCAUUGAGAGAUUAGAGUCAAGUUCUCAUUAUGUAAUCUCUUUAAAAGCUUUCAACAAUGCAGGAGAAGGUGUCCCUCUCUAUGAAAGUGCCACCACACGCUCCAUAACAGAUCCCACUGACCCAGUUGAUUAUUAUCCUUUGCUUGAUGAUUUCCCCACCUCGGGCCCAGAUGUCUCCACCCCCAUGCUCCCACCAGUAGGUGUACAGGCUGUGGCUCUUACCCAUGAGGCUGUGAGGGUAAGCUGGGCAGACAACUCUGUCCCGAAGAACCAAAAGACAUCUGAUGUGCGACUCUACACUGUCCGGUGGAGGACCAGCUUUUCUACCAGUGCCAAGUACAAGUCAGAAGACACAGCAUCUCUCAGCUACACAGCAACAGGCCUCAAGCCCAACACGAUGUAUGAGUUCUCAGUCAUGGUGACAAAAAACAGAAGGUCAAGUACGUGGAGCAUGACAGCACAUGCCACUACCUACGAAGCUGCCCCGACUUCUGCUCCCAAGGAUUUGACAGUCAUUACUCGAGAGGGGAAGCCUCGUGCUGUCAUUGUGAGCUGGCAGCCUCCCUUGGAAGCCAAUGGGAAAAUCACUGCUUACAUCUUGUUUUAUACCUUGGACAAGAAUAUACCAAUAGACGACUGGAUUAUGGAAACUAUAAGUGGUGAUCGACUGACCCAUCAGAUCAUGGAUCUCAACCUUGACACCAUGUACUACUUUCGAAUUCAAGCACGGAAUGCAAAAGGAGUGGGGCCCCUUUCUGAUCCCAUCCUCUUCAGGACUUUAAAAGUGGAACACCCUGACAAAAUGGCUAAUGACCAAGGUCGUCAUGGAGAUGGAGGUUAUUGGCCGGUUGAUACUAACUUGAUUGAUAGAAGCACUCUCAAUGAACCACCCAUUGGACAAAUGCAUCCCCCACAUGGCAGCGCCACCCCUCAGAAGAGCAGCAACCUGCUUGUGAUCACCGUGGUCACCGUUGGCAUCCUCACAGUGUUGGUAGUGGUGGUUGUAGCUGUGAUUUGCACCCGGCGCUCUUCAGCCCAGCAGAGGAAGAAACGGGCCACCCACAGUGUGAGCAAGAGGAAGGGCAGUCAAAAGGACCUCCGACCUCCUGACCUUUGGAUACAUCAUGAAGAAAUGGAAAUGAAAAAUAUUGAGAAGCCUUCAGGAACAGACCCUGCAGGAAGAGACUCCCCUAUCCAGAGUUGCCAAGACCUCACACCAGUUAGCCACAGCCAGUCAGAAACCCAGAUGGGAAGCAAAAGCGCCUCGCAUUCAGGUCAAGAUAGCGAGGAAGCAGGGAGCUCCAUGUCCACUCUGGAGAGGUCCCUGGCAGCGCGCAGGGCCACCAGGGCAAAGCUCAUGAUUCCCAUGGAGGCCCAGUCCAACAAUCCUGCUGUCGUCAGUGCCAUCCCUGUGCCGACCCUUGAAAGUGCCCAGUAUCCUGGAAUCCUCCCAUCUCCCACCUGUGGAUACCCCCAUCCUCAGUUCACUCUCCGGCCGGUACCAUUCCCAACACUGUCUGUGGAUCGAGGUUUUGGAGCAGGAAGAAGUCAGUCUGUGAGUGAAGGACCAACCACCCAACAACAGCCCAUGCUGCCCCCAGCUCAGCCUGAACAUCCCAGCAGCGAGGAAGCACCCAGCAGAACUAUCCCCACAGCCUGUGUCCGACCAACUCAUCCACUCCGCAGCUUUGCCAACCCUUUGCUACCUCCACCAAUGAGUGCAAUAGAACCAAAAGUCCCUUACACACCACUUUUGUCUCAGUCAGGACCUACUCUUCCCAAGACUCACGUUAAAACAGCCUCUCUUGGGCUGGCAGGAAAGGCAAGGUCCCCUUUGCUUCCUGUGUCUGUGCCAACAGCACCCGAAGUGUCUGAGGAGAGUCACAAGCCAACAGAGGAUCCAGCCAGUGUAUAUGAACAGGAUGACUUGAGUGAGCAAAUGGCAAGUUUGGAAGGGCUAAUGAAGCAACUAAAUGCCAUCACAGGCUCAGCUUUUUGACACAUAUUGCCGAAGCACUGAGAUUUUCUGGGAACUUUACAGCAUACCAAUUAUCCAUAAACAGCACACCUGUGUCCAUAAACUCUAACCAGUGUACAGGUCAACUGUCAGGACCACUCAGUUAAGGAACAUCUGAUGCAGUUCAGAAGGAAUCAGCAUCCCAUCCUACAUGGACAUCAGGAAUUGGACAAGGAUGGCCAUGAGGUCCCUGAGCAAAAGCAAAGAUGCAUAUUCACUGAAAAGUCAAGACUGAAGUUGCCAGCAUAGUUCUGGGUCUUUGUCACUACAGUGACCAUGGUGUCAACACUAAUGCCUACAUUUUCUUUCAGUGAUAACUUUCCUUUUCUGUGUAGGUCCAGUCUUACAAAAUACAAGUGCAUUAUUCCAGCCUGUACCAUACCAUAGCAAAUCAGAAAAAAAAAAAAAACAAACUCACUAUUUUUAUUUUCAACUUUUAAACUAUAAAGCAUCCAUGGUAAUUCCCUCACUCCAUAGCACCAAAGGAUUGGAUGUUUUCCUGGCAGCAGAAAAAGUAAACAAGUGAACAAGCAAAAGGCAGUGAAUGCUCGUUUAUAGCUCACUCAUUCAUCUCACACAAGCGGCAGAUAUUAGUGAGUGGGUAUAAAAUUUUUUACCAAUUUUAGCAAGUGUUUGUAAAUCCAUCCAUGAUUAACGUUUAUGUCUAGAGUGUAGAAACUUAAAAAUCCUCAACUGGUGGUAUCCUGCCAACAGCAGUACCUUUCUAGAAGGAGAGUACAAUAUGCAAUCUUCUCAGACACAUGGUGAUUGUGUACUUAAGCUUGUAAUAUGAUACUUUUCCACUCGAGUGGCUUCUGUGCCGCUCCACACUGUGAUGGCCUGUCUGAGUUUCAUUAAGGCUUCUUCUUCAGGCAUUAGGCCAGAAACAUUCCACAAUCCUCCACCCAUCACCCCUCUACUUCUCCUGGGCAAGUAGCCUUAGGUAAAAUGGCCAGCUCCAUGCAUCCUACAUCCUGUGUCCCCAAUAUCCUUCUGUGGGGCUGGUGAAAGGGCAUUUCCAAGAGCAUCUUUUCCUGAGAGAUGUAACUCCCACCUAUAGCAUCUUCACUGAGCUGUGCAAGGCAACAUUAAUGGAUGUUGACCACAGGCUCUGUUGGCAAGGCAACCUUCCAUACCAUGCCUAGGACAGUCAAGGAGGAGAGAGUAGUGAGUGCCAUUUGACAUCUGACACAUCAUAACUCCUGUAGGUAUUUUUCGAAGCAGCAUCUUAAACUGUGGACUAGAAUUUUCAACUAUUGCCAUGUUAUCAACAGCUUGAAACUAGCUGAAAUUAAGAACAUUCUGUGCAUUCCCUUUUAGUUUAUGAAUUUUCAGCUGUAUUUGGAGUUAAUCCCUAUUUAUGCAGCCGAGUCGCCAAAAGGGAGCUAGUUUGCAUAUUUAUCAGUUAGGUGACUUGAAACCCAAUGAGAGUUUCAGCUGAAUUAUUCCUUUCAGCUCUGCCUUUGAUUUCAAGCUUGAGUAGCUCAUAAUUUUAAAAGAGCAUGGCAAGGAUAGGAUCUUUACAACCUAAUAGCUCCUUUUAUUAGGUGGGUAAUUAUAUAUGAAUCCCUGAAUGAAAUAUUUUGAGCAAAAUGGCACUGUAACAGAAAUAAUAAUUCAGAUUAUUUUUUUACAGUUUUAUGUCGGGAAGGAAAUCUGAUGUCAAAGAGAGGGCUUGUUCAAAUGGUUCAUUAGAAAGUCUGGUCCACUUGCAAAAUGUUUCCUUCAACAAGAGUGCUUGUUCAAUUUACUGAGAUUUUUCUGGAAGUACUUUCAAAAAGCUAUGUGAUGUUAUUUAAUGGGACAGAAUGGUUCAAUGUCUGGGCACUUAGGUAGACAACUCUCAACUGACCUGAAAUAAAGCAUUUCUUAACAUAGCAUUCAAUACUUGAAAAAAUAAUCCUUGAUUAUCAACUGGAAAAUGUGCACAUAGCUUUCUCAAAAUCCUACAAUAUGAUCCUCUUUCUAGAUUCCACAAAGAGGAACCACUUUUUGGAAGCAUUUGAUACCCAUGAGGGUCAACUGAAGUUUCAGUGUGUGGUAUGCUACAACCCUCAGAUUUCAGGGAAUGAGUUAGAAUGGAACGUUGUCCUGUAAAAUCUAGUUGAACAGUCAAGACAACUAGAAUUUUCAGAAAAUUCUAGGCCUUUCUGCUUAGUCAAUAAUUUCUGGAAAUGUAAUUUUUAAGUCAUUGGAAGUAUGUUAUUCAGUUUCAGUGGGAGCUAUAUCUGCCUCAUGUCCUUGAAUAUUUCAAUAAAUUAAUAUAAUAGUUUAUUUAAUCAGUUAGUGAUUCUAAUAAGUCAUAUUAUCAUUCUCAGAGACUGGUAUCAUUAACCUCAUGAUUUUCAUGUUCAAUUAGUUCAACAUGGCUUCCUCAGAACUCUAGUUCCCGAAUCCCUUUUGUACACGUGUGUACAAAAAACUUGCCCAGGUUUCCAGGUGACAUUUUAAUUCCCUUGUCUCUGUUAACAAGAAAGACUCUGUGGCUGGUGUAAAGCAGUUUGGUUUGAUUCCUUCUGAGUCAAGCUCACAGGAUGCAGGACCUUUUAAACUUAUAAAUCUCGUUGACUCCCAUAAGGCAAAGCUGAACAUGUAACCAGCAUCUCUGCAUCAGGAAUCAAUUCUCUGUGAAAAGGAAGAAAAUCAAAUUUGGCAGGAGGACUCGGGUUUCCAUACACUAUGUUCUUGAAGAACUUUGCUAUUUUUUUUCUAUUUCAUUUUGAGAAGAAAACUAUUUUCAUUCCUCCAGAAAUUUCUGCAUUUGUCUAAACUGACAAAAGUGGAGAUAGCUCAAAGUGUACACAGAACCAUUUUUUGUAACACUCUAGUCAAAAUUUAAGUAUUUCUUAGUUAUUUAUAUUCAGUGGGAAACUGGCUAUAACUGCCUCCACAUAAUAAACCCAUAAUCUUCUAGAAUAUUUAAACAAUACAGCUUUAAUUUAGGCUAUUUUUAAAUACAUACUCAGUUGAACAACCCAGCAAUAAGGAAGUCAAGUUAGUGAUGUAACUCCUUUUGGAGACUGGAUGUUAUAAUAGUGUGGGUUUCUUCAAAACUCAAGGCUGUUGAAAAUAAGGAGUGUGCUUCAUGCUCUGCAAAGGCGGCCUUUACAAAAAGAAUGAAGACAGCAUUUUAAAGCUAACGCUUGCCAUUCACUGGCUUUCCCAGUAAACAUCCUCUGCAGCACAGGUCAUUCGAGACCCUCCCCAACCCCCCCUCCGCCUCUGGAGUUGGUGCUGUGAGAUGAUGUUGAUUCUUUCCUUUCCCCUGGAUCCUUCUCCAGACUUGGUUCAAAUAAGAGUCUUGGAACACAGUGUCUCAGACAUGGUAGGUGGACUGUGAGUCCAACCAAAGAUUACUUAAAAGGCUGCCUGACAUUUUACACAAAUUGUUUUCCAAAGCCCCCAUAGUUCUAGAGAUUUUGGAAUGUUCAUUUCCAGUCAGCGAGACAAAGGAAAACGGAAAAACCCCAAGUCUUAGAUGGAUUUGAAGAAAAUAAAAGUAAUAUGACCUUAAAAAAAGAUGAAGAGUGGUAGUACCAAAAAUACAUGUAUAUUCCCCCUUUCUUAGUUAGUUCUCUUUAUGUAAUCACAGUCUAUCCCCAAGGCUAAAAUUUAGUAUCAUGGUCUGGGCAUCUGGGUAUACCUACUUACCAUGAUUUGAAGACUACAGAGCCCAGGGUUCUAAGGAUCUGCAGCAUCCACCACAACAAGCUCAAAUACAAAUUCCCUUUUCCAAAGUCAAACUUAAAGCAAUGUUCUCCUCAUAAUUUGUAUUUAUCUAAUGACUUUCCAAAGAUCACUUUAAUAUUAUACAGAAGAGCUGUGUACUUUAGUCCCCAUUUUUAAAGUACUUUGGAUACUUUGAAAAAUCACAGAUAGGUAUUUUGUGUGAUUCCCCAUCCAACCAAAAGUACAUGUCCUCAUGCCUCAGUCUACCCUGUUAAUCAAAUGACUGCUUCCAGAAAGAUUUGUUUUGCAAAAGAAAUGCUCUAUUUCUUGUCAAUGAGGUUAUAUAAGAGGUUAGCAUAUGAGUCUAACUUCUAAUCUGGCCCACCCCUUCUGCCACUGGGUAGCUUUUCACAGGAAGACUUUCAGCAACACUCUGAAGGGCGUUUUUCUCUUGCUCACAGCUUUGUGCAUUACCAUCUUAUGAUUUUGUUGUUGUGAUUCUCGUUGUUGAUAGGAGAGCAACAGCAAAACUGUACAAGAAAUCAUAAAUACAGAGGCAUGGGCCAAGGGAUCUCACUGUGUGUUCGAUGUGUAUUUUCAGAUGCAAGAAAGGAAUGUUGGAGAGGAGGAAAAAAUGUGUUUUUUAUUAUUGUAGGGUAAACCUGACAAUUCUGAACUUUGUGAAUUGUCAGCUUGUUUGGGGGAAGGGUGGGUGGGUAUGAGGGGUACUUUUUAUAAGUAAUAUUUAAUUUAUUAUUUAGAAGUGGCUUCUUUUUGGAUAAUUUAUGAUACAAAGGGAGAUAUGGUUGGGAUCUAGGCAUGGCUGUUAAAGCUGCAGUGUUUUGUAUCUCAGAGGGGCCGCUAUAGAAAUGGACUGUCCACUGCUGAGCAUGAGGAAAUGUCCAGGCCAGGCAAAGCCUUCACUGAAGUUCCACCAUUACCACCUUCCCCCUUUCUGGGGCUUCAAAGAAGAUAACACCAAACCUAAAAUAAUGCAGACAGCAUCCUGCAGAUCAGUGCUAUUCAUUUUCUCAAAGGGCUUUGCAACUCAACUUGUUAGUGUGGUAGUGAUAUGUUUAUUUGGUAGAAAUGGGUACACUACAGCUUUAACUAGCCUUAGUGGAAAAGAAGAAACUUUUUGUUGUUACAAAACAGCUUUUUUAAAAAAUAAAAAGGUGUUUUGAGCCUACAAAGAGUUUCUUGGAAUUGUCAGCCUCUAGCAUUGUUAACCAAAUUAGAGUAGUGAUUGCAAUAUUUAAGUGUAAAUGUUGUUCUAUGAGAAAGGAAGCUUGCUUACAGUUUAAAAACGAUGACUGUUUCUACACAUGAACUUGUAUACUACUACAUGAGGAAAAGGGGGUUUUGUAAUCACUGUAGAACAGUCUCAUAUUCAUUUUUUAUAGAAAUGUUAUUCCAAUGGUGCAUUUUUUGUUUAAUAAAUAAAGUUUUGAUAUAAAAUUCUUUAUUUACUUUAUUCAUAGUAAGGGACUAUUCUCCCCCAGCACCCAUCAUCUGCUCUAGCUGGUCUGUUCCUACGCUCAGGGUACCUAAUAUCUUUUAACAUCUAUGAUAGUACUUUGUUAUAUCUUAUUACAUCUUUGUACAUUUUUUUUUCUGCACACCCCCAGUGUAUGCUGAAUCACAGCUGCUUAUAUCUACACUGUUUUAUUGCAGCACUGUCCCAAGCUUCCAGAGCAUGAUUUACACUCCUGCACAGGAGAAAUGGAAAAGUCACAUUCUGCCUUACACAUGGCAGCUAAAUAGUUCAAACUCUUUCCUGGAGAUCAGUGGUUCUUAACCUGUGGAUUGCAACCCCACAGGGAUGGC